AGUACUGUCUUCUUUCUAGCCUCUACUUGAACUAUGGCAACAACAGCAGGCUGCCCUCAUUGCGGAUCGUUAGACUCAGAGACGGAUUCCCGGACGGGACAAACAGUGUGUCUGGGGUGUGGUGAGGUGCUCGAAGAGAACAGAGUCGUCUGUGAGCUGAGCUUCACUCAAAGUGGUGACCGGACGGGCGUUAAUGGGCAAUCCGUCCCAUGGCUGGGUGGGGGUGGUCGCAGAGGAGGGUACUCGAGUGAGAACUCGAGACUGUUGACCCUCCAGAGAGGUUCUACCAGAAUUGAAUGGAUUGGUAAUCGGCUAGAGCUCCCCACGAGUACGAUGGAUGAAGCCAAACGACUGUUUUCCUUGGCUGCUCAACGAAACUUUACCGCUGGCCGGAAGACGUCGGUUGUUGCUGCUGCUUGCCUAUAUAUCGUAUGCCGUCGUGAUCGGACACCUUAUCUUCUCAUUGACUUCAGCGAUGUCCUCCAUAUCAGUGUCAGGGAGAUCGGACAGAUGUACAUGAAGCUCGUACGGCUGCUUAGUCUCGACAAGGUUUUGGAUAUUCCAGUCAUAGACCCGUCCAUGUUCAUGGAGAGGUUUUCCAGUCAUCUGGGACUUGGUGAUAAACAGAAUCAAGUUGUGCAUACCGCUAUUCGACUCAUACAGCUCAUGAGCCGAGACUGGAUAUGUACUGGUCGCCGUCCAACUGGCCUUUGUGGCGCAGCGCUCCUAAUCGCAGCUCGUUAUCAUGGAGUUGAGGAUGUCACUGCAAACUCAGUUGCUGGAGUUGUUCGGAUAGGAGCAGUUACUCUGAAAAGACGACUUUACGAGCUGAAGCACACUCCGACCGCUGCGUUAACGACGGAGCAGUUCAAGUCGCUGGAGAACGCUCCUGACCCAGCUGAUGGUACGUUACCUGGUGGGGACUCUGUCCAGGAAGCCGGUGCCCAUGGCCAGCUGCAGAUGGCUUUGCCCGAGGAGGCUCGCGCCACUACUAGUUUACCACCGAGCUUGGUAAUAUCUGAUUGUGUCCCUAUUCUUAGCUGGACACCUGACCUCAUCACUCAGAUGCGCAACAGGAUCAAGGAGGAGAAGAUGAAGCUGCUUGGGCUACCACUGAAGGAUGAGUCUAAAAUCAUUAUUCCAGUGAAGCCUCUGGGGACUCAGAAGAGCCUCGAAAAUGGAGAGCCAGAAGUUCAACAUCCUCAACUCACCGAUAUGGAUCAUAACGAAGCAGGGUCCAGCCAGGCGAACCCGAGCAGUAGCAGCAGUAGCGAUCCCGCGGAGGGCACGACUGAGGGAGAGCUGCCAGAAUUGGAUGAGCUGUACAAUGCUCUACGGUCAACAUCUUCUUCGGGUGUUGAGACCGAUGGUGAACUCAUCGCGAAGUUGGAUACAGUGGCGGGAAGGACUGCUGCAGCUAGCGAAGACGCGGAUCCAAGCAGCUUGCUGGAAGAGGACGCUAAGCAGAAUAAGCGGCCACUGGAGGAAGAUGAGGAGUCUAUAUCUGAUGUCAGCGACUCCGAAAUUGAAGGGUACCUUCUGACGCCAGAGGAGUCAGAGGCAAAAUCGGCCAUCUGGCAUCAGUGGAACAAGCCCUACCUAAUGGAAUGGGCUAUAAGAGAUGAGCAGCGGAAAGCGAAGAGGAGGGCCGAGGAUGAAGCUAAACGGAAUGGGACUUACAAACCUAGGAAGCGUCCGAUCCAUUCGGCUCCCAUGGGACCAGCGGACUCGGCGUUGGAGGCGACUCAAAUGGCUCUGUCAAAGAAAGCUCGAUCGCUGAGCAAUCGCGUCAACAUGUCAGCGCUGGAGGAGCUCUUCAAGAAUUAGCAUCAUCACCGUCCAGACAAGCUCCUAAUCCGUGUCAGAUACUAGCCGAAUCAGAAUCGUUAUUACCGUUUUGUAUUAUUGAGCUCCUAUUUGCAGCUUCCACUUCGCUGUAUAGCUUUCUCAGUCAUACCGGACUACGUCUGAACUGUACUCUUGUUAUCCUUGUUACUUGACUAUCACAACGUCAUCUCGCGGGUAUCCGCUUUCGCUC